AUGACCUCAGCCUGGAUCCUGCUCCUGGUUCUGCUGACCAUAGGUUCAACAGAAUCUCUUCCUUUAAUGCGAAAUCGACAGCCACCAAAAGAAAGUCCGUAUGCAGAGAGGAAUAUCAGUAUCACCAUCACAGUGUAUAAUAACACUGACAGAUAUAACAUGACAAUGUCUUUACCGCACAAUGCAAUAUUGAGUAUAAAAAGUUUAAAAUUCGUAACAACAGCAGACAAGACAGAAACAUUUUGGAACCAACGUCGCAGUCAAGAGAACAAAAUAUCACUACCAAGUUUAGAAUCAUUUGACUCCGGAGAUGUUUUACGUACUACAGAAGAUAGGGAACUUCCAAGAAGAAUUCAC